CCUGCCUCUGUGUCUCCAGUCAUCGCCACUAGCGGUGAAACCGGCACUAGCUCCAGAUUCCAGCAGGUCUAUUGCAGAUUUAUGGAUCUGGACCGGCUCCUGGCCCUUGUUUCAUUAUUCUGAAAUAUUGAGCUACUGAAGGCUAUCACUUACCGCCAUCAUGGGUAAAAAAGGAGAGAAGGAUAACAAGCUGGAGAAAGCAAAGACUCUUAGCAUAGAUGAGAAGAAUGAUCUUGCCAUGGAGGCGGGUAGCCGGUUGCUUACCCAGAUGCCAAACUUGCCCAAGCCUCUCACCCUGGAGGAGAAAAAGUUUCUCCUAGCUGUGGAACGAGGCGACUGCAACACCACCAGGAAGAUGUUACAGAAGGCUCAUCGCCACCAGGAUUACAUGAACAUGAACUGUGUUGAUCCGCUGGGGCGUGGCGCUCUCCACAUGUCCAUCUCCAACGAGAACCAGGAGAUGGUGGAGAUGUUGGUGGUGAUGGGCGUGGAGACCGGAGACGCCCUUCUGCACGCCAUUGACGCCGAGUUUGUGGAGGCCGUGGAAGUCCUACUGGAACACGAGGAGGUCAUUCACAAAGAAGGCGACGAUUAUUCGUGGGAGAAGGCGGACCGCAACACCUCGGCCUUCACCCCGGAGAUCACCCCACUCAUCCUGGCCGCCCACAGGGACAACUACGAGAUUCUCAAGAUCCUUCUCGACCGUGGAGCUACACUUCCCAUGCCCCAUGAUAUCAAAUGCGGGUGCCCUGAGUGCAUCAGAUCCUCUUCCGAAGAUUCGCUGCGCUACUCCCGCUCUCGCAUCAACGCGUACCGAGCCCUCGCGUCGCCCUCCCUUAUCGCUCUCUCCUCCACUGACCCCAUCCUCACCGCCUUUCAGCUCUCCCUUGAACUCAAGAGUCUCGCCUACACCGAACACGAGUUCAGGGCAGAUUAUCUGGAGCUACGUAGCAAGUGUAUGAAGUUCGCAGAGGAACUGCUGAGUCACGCACGAUCCUCAACUGAGCUGGCGGUGAUGCUGAACCACGACCCUGAUUCUGUUGUCCCUUACGAGGAGGGCACACACAUGAUGCUCAAGCGUCUCGAACUGGCUAUUGACUGUAACCAGAAACGGUUCGUGGCCCACCCCAACAUCCAGCAGCUCCUGGCCGCCCUGUGGUACGAGGGAGUCCCGGGGUUCAGGAGGAAAACGGUCAUCGAGAAGUCUCUGGAGAUUCUCAAGGUGGUGGUGCUGUUUCCUUUCUACUGCAUGUGGUAUAUGUUCCUUCCGGACACCCCUACUGGCAAGCUCAUACGGACGCCCUUCAUGAAGUUCCUUACCCACUCCUCCUCCUACCUCUUCUUCCUAAUGUUGUUGAUCUUGGUAUCGGUACGUUUUGAGAACUUGGUCAUUUGGUUAUUCGGAACUGAGCAGAUGAAACUGGCCCUGGAGAAGUCGAUGAGGAGACAGCGCGGGAACCUGCCAACACCUACGGAGUGCAUUGUAGCUCUCUGGGUUUUCGACGGCUUUCAUCCCGAGGGAGGAGUGGGACACUUUCGACCCUCAGCUCAUCUCGGAGGGGCUGUUUGCCGCUGCCAACAUCCUCUCGGCGCUCAAGCUGGUCCACAUCUUCAGCAUCAACCCCUACCUGGGACCCCUCCAGAUCUCCCUGGGUCGUAUGGUCAUCGAUAUCGUCAAGUUCUUCUUCAUCUACACUCUCGUGCUUUUUGCAUUUGCCUGCGGUCUAACACAGUUGUUGUGGUACUACAAUGACUUGGAGAAACAGAAGUGCUACUCCCUGCCCGGCGGGAUGCCUGACUGGACCAAACAGGGUGACGCUUGUAUGAAGUGGCGACGAUUCCACAAUUUGUUCGAGGCAUCCCAGUCAUUGUUCUGGGCAGGUUUCGGUAUGGUGGGUCUGGAGGACUUCGAGCUGACUGGCAUCCGCGAGUACACCCGCUUUUGGUCCAUGCUUAUGUUCGGCGCUUACUCUGUCAUCAAUAUUAUCGUCCUACUCAACCUCCUCAUCGCUAUGAUGUCCAACUCUUAUUCCUUCAUUGUUGAACACGCUGACACUGAGUGGAAGUUCGCCCGCACCAAGCUGUGGAUGUCUUACUUCGAGGAAGGUAACACGCUUCCUCCGCCCUUCAACAUCUUCCCCACCUUCAAGACCUUCCUCAGGAUGUGCGGCAAACACAGUGAGAAGUCAAAACUGGUCCGUAGUAUGUCUUCAAGGUCACACAACCGCCACAUGAAGGCCCGCGACUACCGCUACUUGUCAGUGAUGCGUGCUCUCAUCUGGCGCUACGUGUGCUCCCUCCAGCGACGCAAUGAAGAACGACCCGUCAACGAGGAUGACAUCAGCGAGGUUAAGGGCGAUAUCUCUUCCCUGAGAUUCGAACUCAUUGAUCUCUUCGGACAUAACGGCAUGGAUAUCUCGAUGUGCGCCAAGAAGAGCAGAGCUGCCAUGGGACGCAAGAUGCGAGUGUGGGAGCGUCGGCUGAUGAGAGACUUCCACGUGUCUCCCGCUAUGGGCUCAGAGGACACCAUAGAUAAAGAAGAGGUGCCCGCGGCCGAGGAGUCCGCUGGUGACAAGUUCCGUCGAGUAGCUCGCCUCGCCAUCGCCAAGACUGCCAGUGAGAUGUCCCAGAUUGGCAUGGGCGACGCCCCAGGCCGUGAGAAUCUGAAGGUGGCCAUGGAGAAGGCACGCAGGAAGAUGGAGGAAGGAACACCAGAUGGUUCUCCAGGCUCCUCCCGCGGCUGCUCGCCUUUCCCGGACUUGUACACAGGACCUCACCUGCUGGACGCCAUUAAGAGCCUGGACCUGAGCCCCAACGCUUCUCCCUCUCAAUCACCAAUGCCGCCCUACCCUGACGGCAACAGGUUCUGCUCCGCACAGGGCAAGGUCAAGGACGGUCAAGCAAAGGAUCCCAACAUGCUGACUGUGCCAGGACGUCGCUCCUCCACCACGCUUAAUAGGGAAGGUGGGGACGUCGGACCCAUCAGCUUAGACGUGCCUGUUCCCCGUAACGUGAAGGAUUCUCUAUUAAUCAUCAAAAAGAAGGCAGAACCUGAAGCUUCUAAAGCUGAGAAAAAGUCUACGAAGCCUCCAGCAACCAUCUCAACGGUGUCAGAGACCAAAGCCCCUAAAGUCCAGCAGAAAGAUGUGAACAAGGAUGAAGCUCAAGUUCAGAAGAAAGAAAGUGCACCUCAGAAACCAGUGGCUCAAAUCCAGCAGCAACCGGGAGCCGUAAAGCCUAGCCAGGCCAAGCCCAGUGGACAACUGCCCAUCAACAAUCAACAGAAGUCUGAGGGUCCGGCACCCCCCAAACUGCAGCAGAUAGGACGCCUCCCCAUCAAGGAUCCCUCAGCAGUAAGGAUCCCUCCCCCAGCGGCCGUGGGUGCCCGUCGUGGCCCUGAUACUGAGCAUGCUCUUCGCCGUCCCGCCGCCCCUCGGGUACAGCAGGUCCAGCAGCAGACAUUCACUGGUUCCGAUGAUUUGGAGACGGUGGACUUUGUCCGUCGCCCAUCACGGCCUCCACCCAAGCAAGAAUCUGACGUCCAAAGCAGUCCACCACCUACCAUUGCCGUAAUCCCCUCCACCCCUAAGCCAACAGAGACUCCUGUGCCUCCAUCUCCUCCCUCUCACAAGCCAUUCGUGAAGCCCCAAGCUCCGGCAGCCCCGAAGGCUCCCGUGGAAAAACCUCCAACAGAGAAGAUUCCAGUAGAGAAGGCACCUGCAGAAAAGGUUUCCACAGAAAAGAAAACUCCCUCAGAGAAGGUUUCGCCGGAGAAGGCACCUGCGGAAAAGGUUUCCACAGAAAAGAAAACUCCCUCAGAGAAGGUUUCGCCAGAGAAGGCACCUGCAGAAAAGGUUUCCCCAGAAAUAAAGUCUCCCCAAGAGAAGAGUGUCUCAAGCAGUGAACAGAAACCUUCGACUCCGCCAGCUGCGACCUUCCACAAUAACGCUUCAUCUACCCCGAGUCGACCACUGUUGGCACCCACCCCAACUGAGGAGAAGAAGGGCGGGUGGCUUUAGGUUGAUUAGUGGGAGUCGCCACUACCAUCGCCCAUCAUAUGUAUUUAAAGGAAUACUAGUCACUGGGUGGAACGACAUUUCAACCAUAAAAGGAAUAAGAUCAUAAUUGUUAGACACUUUUUAUGCAUGUCCAGCUUCUUAUGUUUAUGAAAUAAUUUGUUUAUUAUAUUCUUUCUCUGUCUCUGUUUUGUAAUAGACACUGCUCAGUCUUCUUAACAAUCGUUCCGCGCAUUUCAAAAUCUCUAAUCAAUUGAAUUUUCUCUGUGAAAGCCUUUUAGGUCAGUACACGUUUUAUUGUCAUAUUCAAGAUCUUUUAAUUAUUAUUCAUUAUUUGUGUCUUUCGGUUAUUUAUAUGCUUCCAUAGCACCUUGAAUUAUAUAUCUUGUAAAUGUUUGCUGCCUUAUAUAUAAAUGAUAAUGCUUGUAGUAUUGACUAUUACAGACAACUGAGUUACGCUUUAUCGGAGCUGUGUCAACAGUACCCUGAAGAGCUGAACCAACAUCAUAGCCCUCCAGGUCCUUCCUUACAGAAUGCUUACAGUUGAGUGUGUACCAGCCCCUGGGAGGCACAGCCUCACUCGUAACACCACAACUUGCAUAGAACAAAUCAAAUUAAUAGAUAAUAAGUAACUUAUGAUUAUUGGUGGAUGGAUAUUGUUACGAUUCUAGUCGUGCUGUGUAUACUUGACGAUCCUAAAGCAUUGCGUAUAAUAAAGUGGUGGCAAGAAACAAUGCUUCUUUAGCUUAUAAUAUAAAUAUAUGAUACAGUACUGACAUAGUUGCUUUGUUGAUGCUCUCUUUUCCAGUCCCAAUGCUGUAUACACACACCUGGAUAUAAUCCUUACAUUUAUACGAAUAUAUGAAUUCUACAAUACCUAAUAAUUGUGAAAUUAGAAAAGAAUAUAUGUAAAAAACAAUGUAUUUCUCUCGUAUAUGAUGAUAUAGUUGUGUAAGAUUACUCUAUAGAUAUUAUACUGUAUGUGUUAAGUUCUGACAAUUUUGUGGAGAACAUGCGACCGAUUGCAAAAGUGGCUAACGAGCUGAUCAGUGAUGAAGAGGUUAAAAAACAAAACGGGAUGAUGGACAACAAGAGAUGAAGAAGAAUUACCCAGAAAAAACGCCGCGGGUUGACCACAACUUUCUAGUGAACAGACAAAGGUCGAUGGGUCGCUGAUAUGUGGAAGAUGACAGUGCGCAUACCUUUUAUACACACAAGCAUCUUUCAACACACACAACUAAUAGUUUCUCUUGUGUGACGGUAUUCGGUUUGUAGUCUCGAUUAUUUAUUAAGUUUUAAUUUGUAUUAUAUCGUAUAUGAGAGAUUACUUAACAUAAUGAAUAAUAAUUUAAAAAUAAAACAGUUAUUAUAACAGUUACACGUAAA